GGAAGGGAACUCGAUUUUUCUUCAGAAUCUCCAAGUGAAAGUGACUUGGAUGGCCUAUCAAUGGAAGAAGAACCAGAACCAGUUGUCAAAAUCAUUAAACAUAAAAAGUCUAAGAAAGCAAGCAAGAGGACAGCGACGACAACAUUAGAAGAUUUCCAAAAGUCGGCUGUACUGAGUUCAAAGAAAGUAAAAACUAAACAUAAAGUGAAGAAAAUGGUGAAAGUGGAAGUAACAGAAUCUGAGGGUGGCGAAGAGAGUGGCGACAAUGAUGUCAUAGAUGUUGACAUUGAUACAACAAACAAGGAUGCAGACAUUUUGCCUGACAAAGAAUACAAAGAGCAUAAGGGUAAAACGUUACUAGAAAUUCUAGAGUUGGAAAUGAGAGCGAAAGCAAUACGUGCUUUAUUGGAACGUGAAAAUCAACCUGAAGAAAAGAAACAGUUGAAUAUUGAAUCCAAGAAAACUCCGACCAAAGAAGUAGAGACGAACGAAAAAGUAAUGCCGACAAGCGUUGAAGAAGUGGUUGCUAGUGUUGAGAAGAAUAAUGAAUCAGAUUUGCAAUCCACUGUGAAUGAAAAAGACUCUGAGGACAUCAUUAUACUAGAUGAGGAAAUUCCAAAAAUCGAUCUGACUUCUGACAAUGAUUCUCCUCCGAGAGCCACAUCUCCAGAAGCAACAACUCUUCCAGAAGAAACUUGUACAAAGCCUACCGACUCUUUACCGGACAAGGAGGCUAGUGCUAGUCCUGCAGCUAAGCCUACUAAUCCCACUAGUCCUACACAAAUCACAAAUGCCGUGGACAAGGCCAGCACAUCAGCCAACUGGGCACAAAGAUGGCUUGAUAGCAGUAAAGUGAAAAAAGUGGUUUCUACCAGUAGAAUGUACACAAAUAUUCGACGAAAACUCAAGAAGUCGCUCAUGCUAAAAAACAAACAAGUUGAAGAGACUCAACCGACUGAAGAAGCAACACCCGAAAUUCCAAUUCAAGAAUUCUCUGGUAGUACUCAAGAGUAUGAGCUCUUGAAGCAGUUGGUCAAGAAGAAGAAAAGUGAUGAGUUAAUUAGUCAAGGACAUAUUGAAUCAAACUCGCAAGACGGCAACACAUCGCAACUACAGGAAGAUAGUCAGGUCGUUAAUCAAGAAAAUAAUGAAUCGAAUUCGCAAGAUGGUAUAAAAUCACAACAGGAGAAUAGUGAAUUAAUUAAUCAAGAAAAUAAUGAAUCGAUUUCGGAAGAACAGGGAAAUAGUUCAAAUCAGCAAGAAGAACAAGCUACAGAAAAAGUUGAGAGGGAGAAUGGAAACAGUGAGUCAAAUCUACCAGAAGAUACAGAGUUGCAAGCACAUGAGAAUAGUGAGUCGAAUGUUCAAGAUAUUACAUCGGAAUCUAAAGAAAUAAGUGAAUUGAAUCAAUACGAUAAUUUAAAUACUGAAGAACACAGUGAGUCGAAUCACAAUGAUAUCAGGGCUAGAGAAAAUAGUGAAUCUCAUCCACCUGCUGAGAAGGCGCAACCACAACAAAACAUUGACUUGGAACCACAAGAAAACAUUGACUUGGAACCACAAAAAAAUAUCCAGUCGAAUUCGCAGGAGUGUAAUGGAUCAAGUUCACACAAAAUCAAAGAGUCAAAUUCACACGAAAUUAUUGAGACAAUAGAAAAGGAAGAAAAUUGUGAAUCGAUUAGAAAUAGUGAGCAGAAUUUGAAUCAGGGUAAAGAAUCAAGUUUACACGAAAAUGUUGAAUCGAAUUCAGACGAAGACACCGAAACAAAUAGUAAAAACAGAAGUGGGACACUCGUAACAAGUAAUCCAAAUGCACCCGAAAAUAGUGAGUUGAAUGUUGAGGAUUGCAGUCAGUUAGAUUCACAAGUAAUCGAAAUCAAUUCGGAUGAUGGUUCUUCAAAUGAUGAAGAUACGGAACCCGAAAGUGAUAAUGAUUCAGAAUGAUGUCGAAUUUCGCGUUUUCAGUGAAAAUCAUAAUCUGAGUUUCUCGGUCAACUGAGUCAACCAUAUCAUAGACUAAGAAUGUUAGUCAGCUUAUUCCAUUUUGCAUCAGAAUAGAUGUUGGUCUAAUUAGAAAUAUAACUCAUAGAUCUCAAACUGGUGAAAACAUUAAUCAUCGUUUUUUUGUGUCAAUGCUUCCUUUAAAGUAUAUGAUCGACCGUUUUCUCGUGCAUUUUAAUUUAGCUCUCUUGUAAAAUUGUGCAAAUUGGAGAUGGAUGUUCUUCACUAUCAUCGGACGAUAUAUUCAUGUAAGAUGUCUCUCCGUUGUAUCCCAUUUCUUAAUGCUAAAUCAGACACAAUAUACUAUUGUUGUAAAUAAUUUUAAUAAAUGAUUAAAACAUUUAACUGAACAUAA